AUACAAUAUCAAAAUACUACCAAACUACUGGAGCGCUUGUAAUUCCCAAAUUGACUUCAAGCCCAAUCGCGGUCUUGGUUAUCUGCGAAAAUGAGCGCAAGUACUCUGUCAAGGUUAUUACCUGCUGGAUCGUUAGCAUGGGGGCUUCCAGGCGUACUGUUGCGGUCCGCAAGCUUGCUGGUGCAUCAUCAGCCUUGUGCGCCAAGCACAAGUGGACGCGUCCAGGAGUCUCAGCUGCAGUGGUCGUGUUACUAUGCCACGUCACACGGUACCGGGGCACCAAAAGCGGCAUCCACGCAGUCCUCAUCCACAACGAGUGCGGCUUCCGCAGCCGCCUCUGCAACAUCUGCAGCACGACCAGCAGCAGUGAGCUCCGAGGCAGGCGGUGACGGUGCCAGCUCGGCGCCCUUCUACGCGGGUCUGGCCGCCCGCUACCCCGACCCAGACACGGUACCUGACCACGUGAUGCACCGCCUGCGCAACACGCUGUUUGGCCGGGCGGUGCGGCCGCGUGAGACCACCGGGCGGCGCGCACUGGCCCGGCCGCUGCAGGGCAAGGCGCUGACGGACUGGUACUGGAUGCCGCCCAACGAGUCGCCCGGCUUCCACAGCGAGGAGGAUGAGUACGAGCUCCGUCGCGCACUGAACCGGCGCCACACCAAGGAGGCUGAGGCCGAGGCGGCUGACACGGGUGCCGACAAAAAGAAGAAGAGGAAGUAAGCCCGUAGCGGCCGGCGGGCCGACACUUGUGCAGCGACUAUUGAGGAGGUACUGCAAUUGCAAUCGGCGGCAGGAGCUGGCAGGAGGCAGGCGUAGGCAUGUCCACGUGAACACAGUUCACGUGGACAUGAAGCUAUACUGGUAAAGGUGAUGAUGUGCAUGGGUGCCACGCGGUGGGAUGCCGUUGGUGAGGAGGUGUAUUCCUGACGUACGCGCGCACCUGACACGCCAUGCCACUUUAUGAGCAGCACCGCAUCGGCUGAAAGUGAAGUUAAGCGGGAUGGCGACUUAAGCCAAUGCAAGCCGUGUCCCGGCCCACCAAGUAAGCUUUACUUCUUGGACAUAGCCCGGGGAUUCAUCACAGGCACUGCCACCAAGGUGUCCGGUGCAACCCGUGUCAACGAGUCCUUCUGUAACCAAGU